AUGAUGUUUAGGCCACUGAGGCCAGUUCCAGUGUUAAGGUGGAGUCCGUUUUACGUGGGUGAUAAGAUGGAGCAUUUCAGGAGAGGAGUUGAGUUUGGGACGGCCCCCUUCCAGAGAUGCCACUCCUUGUCCUGUCAAAUGGCAGAGAACACGCAGAUCGAUGCGCAGAAGGCGGGCAUCCGUCGCAAGGAAAAGUCGUCGAUGCGAUCCCCGAAAGGCGAAGAGAUGCCCGUGAUCCCUGAGCAGGCGAUGGAGUUCCUCUCUCGGACAUGGAACCCCUCCUCCUCGGAUCUCUUUCAAAUACUCACUCCCAGUUGCCUAGGAGCAUCAGCACAAGACCACCAUGGAGAAGGCGAGACAAAGGAAGACGAAGACGGAGAGAAAGAGCUCGAUGCGAUUCGAGUCGAUGGCGGUAAAAGCCAAUUGUUCAAUCAGAUUCAGACGUGGAGAGUUCUGGCCAGUGGGAAGCCUGGCUCCAAGCAGCGCAAGACUAAGCUGAACCAGCCUAUAUGGCUGAACGUUGGGCAGAUGAAGGCGCUCCUGCGCGGCUACUUCCUGGACAACGUCUCCAUCACGGGGAGCCGGAGGCGGCGGCGGCGGGACGAGCUCCGGCUGCACUCGGCGCAGGCCCACGCGGCCGUCUCGGUGGCCCAGCUCGCCGCGGCCAUCGCCGGCGUCGUGUCGGCGUGCGACCUGCGGGGGGACAAGAAGCUGGGCGCGGUGCUCGCGUCGGCCGCCGCGCUGGUGGCCACCGUCUGCGCGGAAGCCGCCGAGUCCGCCGGCGCCAACCGGCCCCGUGUGACCUCCGCCGUGAAGACCGGCCUCGAGAGCCGCUCCCCCGCCGAGCUCCUCACGCUGACCGCCACCGCCGCGACGUGCCUCCGGGGCGCCGCCGCGCUGAAGCUCAGGGCCGCGGACGUCAGAGGGAUCAGCACCGGCGCCAAUGGCAACGUCAACGCCAACGCCAACGCGAUGGCCAUGAGCAUCAGCGCCAGCAUCCAGAAAGGCAUCGCCCUCAGGGUCUGCCUACCCUGCGGAAAGGUACGGGUGAGGACGGUGUCCGUCUUCCCCCGGCGAGGCGGCGGCGCGGUGGCGCUCAGGCUGGGGAGGAAGCGGCUGCGCGGGGCCUUCGCCACCUACGACGACCACGAGCUACUCGGGGUGUCGACGGGGGGCGGCCGCGAGGCGGUGGUCGACGGCCGGAGGUGCUUCGCGGUGGCCCUGAACACGUCGGCCGGGACGGUGCAGCUGCUGCUGGAGGACCAGACGCACUGCAAGGUCUGGAAGGCCGCCAUCGAAGGCAUGCUGUCCGAUGCAAACCUCAAGCAUGCGAAGUGA